UCGUGUUUAGUCGCGCAAAAGGUGGUAAUUUUUUUUUGUUUCGUAAAAGUGAUAUUGUACCGUUUUCUUUUUAACCGUUUACCAUUUUGGUGAUUACCUAUUAUUUUUGAAUUUAUUUCACUCGCGUCGCGCGCGUUUUUCGUCGUUCCCGUUCGUGUGUGGAAAACGUCAAGGAAAAUUUCCUCCCUUAAACAACGAAACGAUUCUGUGUUCCCUAUAUUGUCCGUUUUUUGAUUGAUUAUUCCUUUGUGUGCUCGUGUGUGUCAUUAUUUCGGAAGAAGGCAGCAGCAGCAGUGAGUGGUGCGAUACGGAACGUGAGAAAAACAAAAAUAACAUCCUCUGGCCAUAAAAGACCGCCGGCUGUAAAUUGCCAUUCACAGGAGGUGGACGGGCACCCUGGAGAAAAACGCCGACGUCCGGCUGUAGGGCCGAGUAGUGCCAAUUGAACAGACGUCGACAGGAGCAGCAUCACUAGUAGAAGGAGGAACAAACCUGGAAUUUUAGUACAAAACUCAUAUUCUACAAAAACACAAACACAUAAAACAGCAAGAUGCCUGUGUUCCACACGAAAACGAUCGAGAGUAUCUUGGAGCCGGUUGCACAACAGGUCUCCCGGCUGGUGAUACUGCACGAGGAAGCCGAAGAUGGCAACGCGAUGCCCGAUCUCAGCCGCCCGGUGCAGGCCGUAUCGCUGGCGGUCACCAACCUGGUCAGAGUCGGACGGGAAACGAUACACAACUCCGACGACGACAUCCUCAAACAGGACAUGCCCUCGGCGCUGGCACGGGUGGAGAAUGCGGCAGAGCUGCUGGAAGAAGCGUCCGGCAUGCUCAAAGUGGACCCGUUUUCCGGACCAGCGCGCAAGAAGCUGAUCGAGGGAUCGAGGGGUAUUUUGCAGGGAACUUCGUCGCUGUUGCUGUGCUUCGACGAGUCGGAAGUGCGGAAGAUCAUCAGGGAGUGCAAGAGGGUGCUGGAUUAUUUGGCCGUUUCCGAGGUCAUCGAUACCAUGGAGGAUUUGGUACAGUUUUUGAAGGAUUUGAGUCCGUGCUUGAGUAAGGUUUCGAGGGAGGUCGGAGCUAGGGAAAAGGAAUUGACUCACCAGGUGCACAGUGAGAUUCUGGUGCGAUGUUUGGAGCAGGUGAAGAUUUUGGCGCCGAUUUUGAUUUGCAGCAUGAAAGUGUUCAUACUGAUCGCCGAGCAGAAUGGAAAGGGCUCGGAUGAGGCGGCGGAGAAUAGGAACUAUUUGGCUUCGAGGAUGAGCGAAGAGAUCCAGGAGAUUAUUCGGGUGUUGCAAUUGACGACCUACGAUGAGGAUCAGAGCGAGUUGGACAAUCUGACGGUGCUGAAGAAGAUUCACAAUGCAAUGAACAAUAAGAUGGAAGCAGCUAAUGAUUGGUUGAAGAAUCCAUAUGCGCUUCGGGGUGGAGUAGGGGAGAAGGCUUUGCGGCAGAUUGUGGAUAACGGGUUGAAGGUUGCAGAUCGCUGUCUACCGCAGGAUUCGCAUAUUAUCCGAAAAUUGGCUGGAGAUAUUACAGCAAUGGCCAAUACGCUGUGCGAUCUUCGACAGGACGGAAAGGGAACUACUCCCCAUGCGGAUGCGAUUGCACGGGAUAUCCGUGAUAAGCUUGGGAAUAUGGAGCAGUCUGUGUUGAACGCGAUCAUGGGAGUCGACAAGGCAGGGCUCCAGCAGACGGCCCAUACUGUUCAGGGUCGUCUGGAACAGGCUUGCCGUUGGUUGCAAAACCCCGGUCAGGAUGAUCGUGGGCUCGGACAACGGGCAGUUGCAUUGAUCGUUGACGAGGGUCGCAAAGUCGCUGAAGGUCUUGGUGGUCAUCAGAAGGCCGAAGUUAUGCAGCUCUGUGAUGAAGUCGAGCAGUUGUCGCAUGACUUCGGGCAGAUGUGUUCUAAUGGCUUGGGUCACACGGCUCAAGCUCAGGAGGUAUCUCGUCGUUUGAACGAGAAAUUGCAUGGUUUGAAGAAGCAGAUUCAGGACGCCGUUGUAAACCGCGUAGUGGAAGACUUUAUCGAUAUUUCUUCCCCGUUGAAGCAGUUCAUGGAGGCGGUUGCUCUUCCGGAAGGAACUCCUGGCCGGGAACAGAACUUCAACCAGAAAUCCAAUAAGUUGCAAAAUUUCAGCGAUCGUGCUUCCAAAACAAGCCGAAUGGUCGCCGCCGGUGGUUCCGGUGGAAACAAAAAACUCGCCGAAGUCCUUCUGUCGUCUGCUUCGCAGGUCGACAGCAUGACUCCACAGUUGGUGUCUGCUGGGCGCAUCCGUAUGAACUACCCAACCAGCAAGGCAGCCGAAGAGCAUCUCAACAAUCUCAAACAACAGUACGCGGAUACGAUCCUUCGGAUGCGAACCCUCUGUGACCAGGCAACGGAUCCGUUGGACUUUAUCGCGGCUUCCGAACGGCAAAUGCAGAAGCAUUCGAUUCUCUGCGAUGAAGCCAUCCGCAUGCGGCAGCCACAGAAGAUGGUGGACAACACGUCUAGCGAGGCUCGUCUUGCCAAUCGAGUGCUUCUGGUUGCAAAACAGGAAGGCGACAACUCCGAGGAUCCGGAAUUCAUCGCAAAUGUCAACGACGCGUCCGAUCGGCUGCAGGCUUCCAUUUCGCCCAUGGUGCAGGAAGCUAAGAAUGUCUCAACCAACAUUACCGAUCCGAUUCAUGCUUCCAACUGGAGGGAAGCUAAUAAGCAUCUUCUUCAAAACGUGCGCAACAUUCGCAGUGCCAUCAACAAUGUUCCUGAGGUGCCGGAAAUGCCGGAUCUGUCUGCUUUGCAUCUGCAGCAUCAGCAGCAACAGCACCAGCAACCGCAUCAUGAGGCUGCUCCUCCGCGUCCACCACUGCCACGGGAAAACAUUCCUCCGGUGCGUCCCCCACCGCCGGAGACCGACGACGAGGAUGAGCUGUUCCAGGGAAUGCCCAAUGCCAACCAGCCCAUUCUCAUGGCCGCCCAUGGUCUGCACCAGGAAGUGCGCCAGUGGUCGUCUAAGGACAACGAAAUUAUCGCCGCUGCGAAGCGGAUGGCCGUACUCAUGGCACGUCUCUCGGAGCUGGUCCGGGCUGAUUCGAAGGGCAACAAGAGGGAGCUGAUUGCCACGGCGAAGAAGAUUGCCGAAGCCUCGGAGGAGGUGACCCGGUUGGCGAAGAUUUUGGCCCGGCAGUGCACCGACAAGAGGAUUCGGACCAAUUUGCUGCAGGUCUGCGAGCGGAUACCGACGAUCGGAACGCAGCUGAAGAUUCUGUCGACGGUCAAGGCCACGAUGCUGGGUGCGCAGGGCUCGGACGAGGAUCGGGAAGCGACGGACAUGUUGGUCGGCAAUGCGCAGAACUUGAUGCAGAGUGUCAAGGAAACUGUCCGCGCCGCCGAGGGAGCCAGCAUCAAGAUCCGCUCGGAUCAGACCAACCACCGGUUGCGUUGGGUGCGCCGGCAGCCUUGGUAUCAGUACUAAGUAAAUCCUUCAAACGGGGAAUGCACAAAGCGCUGCCUUCUUUACCUACACCAGGCAGGAGGGUAAAUUCACCUUUUUGAACACACACACACAUUAACACUUUCACAACAACGAUAAGGAUUUUGUUGUAUUCGCGAAACUCGCGAAUGUUUAGUAGUGACCGUAGUUAGUAAGGAUGUUAUCACAGCGGUUUUAUAUUCUUUACAAUUUGUGUAUUUAUUAAUUAUUAACUUUCAACAUCCGUCUCGUUUCGAUGGAACUUCGCAAAUCAAGUGUACUAAUGAUUCUUUAAAAAAAACUACCUGUAGUUGUGAACGAAAAAAAAAACUAACAAAUUUUGACAACAGUCAAGUUUAAAACAGUCGCGAAAACGCGAAUGUUUGGAUUGAAAAUUUUCGAGGGAAAAACAAAAAGUAUUUAACCGGGGGAAAACAAAUUGUUAGGGAAACGUUGCCAAAAAAAAAAGUUUGAAAGUAAAAUAUUUAAUAUAGAAAGCGGGAAGGGACAGCCACCAUCGUUGAAUCGUGAAUAAAUUUUACCGGAAAGCUGUUUGACGCGCAGCAAAGCGGCGUGUUUUUAGAGGAAUUUGUCUAUUUUUAUCGAUGUUGAAUGAAAAUUUUAUAAUAAGGAAAAAUGACGUAAAAGAGAUCGUUACUAUGCCUAUAACUAAUAACGGAAGCGAUUAGAGAGAAUCAGUGUCGCAACGGUUUAUAUUAUCACGCACUGCUAGAACUGUUUCAGAAGCAAUUCUACUCUACACUAGUUCGGUUUUCGCGUAGGUGCAAUAUUUUAAGUAUUCCUAACGUGCAACGGUAGCAAUGAUUUUUAGUUUUUCUAACGUAAUGUUUACAAUGAUAAAAUGAAUCGAUUUAACUAAUUCAACUGAUGAUAGGUAGUUUACGAAACUAUAUAAUUGAUAAUGAUACAGACAAAGUUGAUUGAUGUAGGUUAUAGUAUAUUUCUCACCCGAACUAGGCCUUUUGCCCUUUUCUUGUUGUAACUACCGCGCUUAACUUUUACUGAAACAAAUGGCAAUUUACAUACAUUUCUAGUGUUGUUUUUUUUUUACGUAGAGCAGGACAGUAACCAUGUAGGGAAAACUUAUUCGGAGCGCAGCUAUUUUUAAAGCAAAUGGUAGAAACGAAAUAACUACAAUCAUUGUGGAAGCAUACACAAAUGGAAGAAAAUGGAUAAAAACAUGUGUUGUAAUAACAAGUGCCUAUUUAUAUUCAUUGUGAACAGUUUUUUCUUGUUCGAAAUCUUUCA